AUGGCUGCCACCAUGGCCAGAGUGAUCAAACUGUUCGGUUUGCUGUGUUUAGUGGUGACGAUCGCGGCCGAAGUUCGCGUCAAGCGCCAAGAUGAUGAUGCCGAUCCGGAUUCGGUGAACGUGGAAGAGCUGUGCAAGGACCGGCCAGGCGACGAGUACUUCCGCCUGAGCACGGACGGUGACUGCCGUGAGGUGGUGAGGUGCGACGAUGCGGGUGAAAACGGCAUCACACGGCUCGCCUACGUUCGUUGCCCGACCGGGCUGUACUUUGACGUGCUGCGUCAAACGUGCGAUUGGAAAACGAACGUGAAAACGUGCGACCUGCUAGGAAAACCACGUAAGGUUCUGCCGAUCCUGAAGACGGACGAACCGAUCUGUCCCGAGGGCAAGCUGUCCUGCGGCAACGGUGAAUGUAUUGACAAAGAGCUGUUCUGUAACGGCAAACCUGACUGCAAGGACGAAUCCGAUGAGAAUGCGUGUACCGUCGAACUGGACCCGAACCGUGCGCCGGAUUGUGACACAACGCAGUGCGUGCUGCCGGAUUGCUUCUGCUCAGCCGAUGGUACCCGUAUCCCCGGAAACAUCGAACCGCAGCAGGUCCCGCAGAUGAUCACGAUCACGUUCAACGGAGCUGUCAACGUCGACAACAUCGACCUGUACGAGGAUAUCUUCAACGGACAGCGCCAGAACCCGAACGGUUGCCAAAUUCGCGGUACCUACUUCGUCUCGCACAAGUACACCAACUACUCGGCGGUCCAGGACCUGCACCGUAAGGGCCACGAGAUCUCCGUGUUCUCGCUGACGCACAAGGAUGAUCCCAACUACUGGACGCAGGGCACGUACGAUGACUGGCUCGCGGAAAUGGCCGGUGCCCGGUUGAUCGUUGAGCGUUUCGCCAACAUCACCGACGGUUCGAUCAUUGGUGUUCGAGCACCGUACCUGCGCGUCGGUGGCAACAAACAGUUCGAGAUGAUGGCAGAUCAGUUCUUCGUGUAUGAUGCCUCGAUCACCGCCUCGCUGGGUCGCGUGCCCAUCUGGCCUUACACGCUGUACUUCCGCAUGCCACACAAGUGUAACGGAAACGCACACAACUGCCCAUCGCGUUCGCAUCCGGUGUGGGAGAUGGUCAUGAACGAGCUCGAUCGCCGUGAUGAUCCGACAUUCGAUGAGUCACUGCCCGGUUGUCACAUGGUCGACUCCUGCUCCAACAUCCAGUCCGGUGAGCAGUUCGGUCGUCUGCUGCGGCACAACUUCAACCGCCACUACAAUAGCAACCGUGCCCCGCUCGGUCUGCACUUCCACGCGUCCUGGCUCAAGUCGAAGAAGGAGUACCGUGAGGAGCUGAUCAAGUUCAUCGAGGAGAUGCUGGGUCGCAAUGAUGUGUUCUUCGUCACCAUGCUGCAGGUCAUCCAGUGGAUGCAGAACCCGACUGAGCUGAACGCGCUGCGUGACUUCCAGGAGUGGAAGGAGAAGUGCGACGUCAAGGGUCAGCCCUACUGUUCGCUUCCGAACGCCUGCCCGCUGACGACCCGCGAGUUGCCGGGCGAGACGCUGCGUCUCUUCACCUGCAUGGAGUGCCCGAACAACUACCCGUGGAUCCUCGAUCCGACUGGUGACGGAUUCUCCAAGAAGUAAAGCGUCUUCUUCCUUUGGCCGUCUGGGCUGCUAGCAGAUUCGCUUCUUCUCCGGACGCGGAAUCACGUCCUCCUUGGGAGGGAGCCUCAUUUCGCUCGUUUCUGCUCACUCUGGGAACCAGUCUGUUGUAUAUAACGAUAUCCCUACUGUCUCAUUGCCACACACCGAUUUCACGCACUCUCGAUGCGUUUCUUGAUCAUUAUUUCCUGGAAAAGACAGACAAACAAAACUUAAUCGCAAUCGUUUAACGGCCCAUUUCGACCACAACCUCGAACGGUUCCCCUACGUACCUACGGUGACCACGCGAUACCAACGCAUCCAUCGUCCUUUCUACCUUCCCGUCUUGAACACAUCGUGAUAUUUUGUUUUGUUCACACCACAUCGCACUUCCGGAGGUCUAGUGGAUCAAAAAAAAAGAAAAUGCUGGACCCUGCGUAUGCGUCGCAUGUGCGUGUGAACGUUCCGGAACGUUCACAGUGGAACGCCUUGGAGCAAUCCACCAGAAGGACUAGCAGGAGAGUAAAGAGUAAUUUUACGGUACUGUUUUAUAAUAAAAUAUUUGAGAAAAAAGAGUGCAUUCUCCGGUAGGCAAGCUGGGAUUAAACGUCGGCGACGAUGCACAACGCCUGCAACGGGAGGAGAAUAAUAUAACUAAAAAUGUUUAAAAAAAAAAUAAUAAAAUCACU